CCCGCCUCCCUCCUUCGCGGACUGUCUCCCGACUCGCCGGCAGAGAGCCCUUUUUGACUGCAAGCAGCGGCAGCCGAGCUGAGGCGGCGGCGCGGGACCUGCAGUCGCCCGGGAUUCCCUCCAGGUGACGAUGCUCUGGUUCUCCGGCGUCAGGGCUCUGGCUGAGCGUCCCUGCCGGCGCUCGCCCGGGAUUACCUGCUGCGUCUUGCUGCUGCUCAAUUGCUCGGGGGUCCCCAUGUCUCUGGCUUCCUCCUUCUUGACAGGUUCUGUUGCAAAAUGUGAAAAUGAAGGUGAGGUUCUCCAGAUCCCAUUUAUCACGGACAACCCUUGUAUAAUGUGUGUCUGCUUGAACAAGGAAGUGACCUGUAAGAGAGAGAAGUGUCCUGUGCUGCCGAGAGACUGUGCCCUGGCCGUCAAGCAGAAGGGUGCCUGUUGUGAGCGGUGCAAAGGUUGCACCUAUGAAGGGACUACUUAUAACAGCUCCUUCAAAUGGCAGAGUCCUGCAGAACCCUGUGUCCUGCGCCAGUGUCAGGAAGGCGUUGUCACAGAGUCCGAGGUACGGUGUGUCGUUCACUGUAAAAACCCUUCCAAGCAUCUGGAAUCCUGUUGCCCCACGUGUCCAGGCUGUGUGUUUGAGGGUGUGCAGUAUCGAGAAGGGGAGGAGUUUCAGCCAGAAGGAAACAGAUGCACCAAGUGUACCUGCAUUGGAGGCAGGACACAGUGCGUGAGAGAAGUCUGUCCCACUCUCUCCUGUCCCCAGCACCUUAGCCACAUCCCCCCAGGACAGUGCUGCCCCAGAUGCUUGGGGCAGAGGAAAGUGUUUGAUCUCCCAUUUGGAAGCUGCCUCUUUCGCAGUGAUGUUUAUGACAACGGAUCAUCCUUUCUUUACGACAACUGCACUUCAUGUACCUGCAAGGACUCUACUGUUGUGUGUAAGAAGAAGUGUGUCCACGCUGGCAGCUGUGACAGAGGCGAGGCUGCUUGUUGUGAAGAGUGCCUCUUACGCGUGCCUCCAGAGAACGUCAGAGUGUGCAAGUUUGGCAACAAGAUUUUCCGGGAUGGAGAGAUGUGGCCCUCCGUUAACUGCUCCAUCUGUGCUUGUGUGAAAGGCAGGACGGAGUGUCGGAAGAAGCAGUGUGUUCCUGUCAGCAGCUGCCCACAGGGUAAAAUUCUCAACAGAAAAGGAUGUUGUCCUAUUUGCACUGAAAAGCCUGGCGUUUGCACGGUAUUCGGAGAUCCCCACUACAACACUUUUGACGGACGGACAUUUAACUUUCAGGGGACGUGUCAGUACGUUUUGACAAAAGACUGCUCCUCCCCUGCCUCGCCCUUUCAGGUGCUGGUGAAGAACGAUGCCCGCAGGACCCGCUCCUUCUCCUGGACCAAAUCUGUGGACCUGGUGUUGGGCACCAACACCAUCAGCCUCCAGCAGCACCUGACUGUGCGCUGGAACGGCUCGCGCAUCGCACUGCCCUGCCAGGCACCACACUUCCACAUCGACCUGGAUGGCUACCUCUUGAAAGUGACAACCAAAGCAGGUCUGGAAAUAUCUUGGGAUGGAGACAGUUUUGUGGAAGUUAUGGCUGCCCCGCAUCUCAAGGGCAAGCUCUGUGGUCUUUGUGGCAACUAUAAUGGACAUAAGCGUGAUGACUUAAUCGGUGGAGAUGGAAAUUUUAAAUUUGAUGUGGAUGACUUUGCUGAGUCUUGGAGGGUGGAGUCCAAUGAGUUCUGCAACAGACCCCUGAGAAAACCUGUGCCGGAACUGUGUCAAGGGACAGUGAAGGUCAAACUCCGGGCCCAUCGAGAAUGCCAGAAACUCAAAUCCUGGGAGUUUCAGACCUGCCACUCCACUGUGGACUAUGCCACUUUCUACCGGUCUUGCGUGACAGACAUGUGUGAAUGUCCAGUUCAUAAAAACUGCUACUGUGAGUCAUUCCUGGCAUAUACACGAGCCUGCCAGCGAGAGGGCAUCAGCGUUCACUGGGAGCCUCAGCAGAACUGUGCAGCCACCCAGUGUAAGCACGGUGCUGUGUAUGAUACCUGCGGCCCAGGAUGUGCCAAGACCUGUGACAACUGGAAUGAGAUCGGGCCAUGCAAUAAGCCGUGUGUUGCAGGCUGCCACUGUCCAGCAAACUUGGUCCUGCACAAGGGAAGGUGCAUCAAGCCAGUCCUUUGUCCUCAGCGGUGACCUUUGUUCUGCUCCUUAAGACUUUGAAACCUGGUGUCCUUGACACUGAAGUGGAAGAGCCAAUGAAGGACUGCAAUAUUUGUGUGCUGAUUCUGCAAUUACACACACACACACACAGAGUAUAUAUGUGUACAUAUAUAUAUAGAUAUAUAGAUAUAUUCAGAAACAUUUCAUCAUUUAUAUAAGCUAGAGAUGGAUAAUUAUAUGUAUAUUUUUUGCUAUAAGACAUGUAUUAUUUCUAGGAUCCUAAUCUGUAAUCCAUUGGAUACAUUGUAUAAAUAAACCAGGUGUUUUUAAUUUAAAUAAGGCAGCAUGCAGACAUACUGGGUGGUUUUAACAUCACAAACAUUUGUCAUUUUUAAGGAAGUUUUCUAAGAAACCUAUAUUGCCUGCCUGCACUAAUUUUAGCUUUGAAUCAGGAUUUGCAGUUGAGUUGGAAUACUUUGCUGGAGAAGAAAAGACUUCUCUAGGGGCAAUUCAUGGUUCCAAAACCAGGAAUGCAUGCCUAGAGAGAUGGCUGGUGAUUGGCGACAGGCCCUAAUGGUGCAUGUCAAGCGAGGGAUAGGCCGUUAGGCUCUAUCGGGUCAUGGUCUGGUGUUAUUUCCAAAACUGAUUGGCUAGUUAUCAAGAAAUACAUACUUGUCUCUAGAGCAUAACCAAAGAAACAAAUGACUCCUGUCAUCUCUGCUUUUCCCUGCAGUUCCUAAUUAUGUAUGUGUGUAUGAUGGACACAUCCACAUAUCUGUCACAUGUGAAGCUAAGGUGUGUCUGGGUGACAUGUUAGUUUAUUGAGCAUGAACAAAAAUUUUAGAACAAAAAUUUAGAAACUGUUGCACCACAUCUGAAAACAAACAUGUUUUUGGAUCUCUGAGCAAUUUGGGAUCAGCAGAUCUAAUGAACUGAUGUGUACCAGUGAUAUUCUGUUACUAGUCUAUGUAUAAAAUGAAAAGUCUUUAAUUAUUUCUAGAGAAUUCCUCUACUGAUGCUAUUUGGUGAGUAUUAACCCGUCUUACUUAUCAGGCAGUGAGAAAAUCUUUACUGACUGCACGAUCAGUCCAAAGAAUGGAAUGUACUUGCUCUGAUUUGCUGAUACAUUACUACUAGUCACCACCUGAUUUUCCUGACAUUUGCUUUCAGUUGAAUAAGUGAAAAUGUCAACAAAAUAAAGCCCACUGAUAUCUAAAAAUAAAAUGUUCUGCAUUGUAGUAAAUAAAGGGCUCAAGAUUUAAAACAA